ACCUCCUCCAUCAUCUGCCUAUGUUAUCCAUACACCUCUUCAGACAGUGCUGAAGGUCACUCUGCACGCGUCGCCCAUUCACCGCUCCCUCCGCUACUUCACCUUGGUCACUUUCCACCAGAAAAAAGUGAGUGAAUGCGCUGCCAUACUUUAUAGUGCUGCGUCAAAAGAGGCGGAGUAGGGGAGAAAAUUCAAUUUUUUUGGGCCCGGCAUUGGGAGGUGGGAACGUGACGCACUGGAGGCAGGAGGCCACCCAUUGGCCGGGCGAGGCGUCAGUCCUGCGCGGUGCUGCAGACGGACAGGCUACUCGAUGAAUAUGGAUGAGAGCAGUGAAAAGGGUGAUGCGGCAGGGAAGACCCCCCCCUUCAAACCAAUGCAGGCUUGAACAAUGCGUGCCGUCUUUCACUGAAAACACUGAGAGCCUGCAUUAGCAUUUUCUCAGACAAUUGAGGCUCUGGCCAGCUGCAGGCAUGGCGCGGAUGCUGCUGCGGUGAAAUUUCCUUUUCUGCACCCACCGAUGAAAUAGACCUCGGCGAAAAAGGUCGUCUGGCCGCAUUCCUCAACACCACAAUCGCACCUAUGCCUAGGCUAAUGUUCAGAUCCACUUUAGAGAUUGUGCCCCGGCAUUGAUGGCGUUCUGACAGAGGACUUGAGAAGAAGCAGAUCUCAGAAUGGAGGAGGGCGAGUACUUCCUGAAGGUGCUGAUCCCCAGCUAUGCAGCCGGCUCUAUAAUUGGCAAGGGUGGACAGACCAUCGUGCAACUGCAGAAAGAGACGGGUGCCACCAUUAAGCUGUCCAAAUCCAAAGACUUCUACCCAGGAACAACAGAACGCGUCUGUCUGAUACAGGGUACGGUCGAAGCCCUCAAUGGUGUCCACAAUUUCAUUGCGGAGAAGGUUCGUGAGAUGCCCCAGAGUGCCCAGAAACCCGAACCCGUCAGCAUACUACAGCCACAGACCACCGUCAACCCUGACCGUGUCAAACAGGCCAAAUUGAUUGUGCCCAAUAGCACAGCUGGGCUGAUCAUUGGCAAGGGUGGCGCCACAGUCAAAGCAGUGAUGGAGCAGUCAGGGGCUUGGGUGCAGCUCUCACAGAAGCCAGAGGGCAUCAACCUGCAGGAGCGCGUUGUGACCAUUAGUGGGGAACCUGAGCAGAACCGCAAGGCUGUGGAAAUCAUAGUGCAGAAGAUCCAGGAGGACCCUCAGAGCAGCAGCUGCCUCAACAUCAGCUAUUCCAACGUAUCAGGCCCAGUGGCCAACUCCAACCCCACCGGCUCCCCCUACGCCAACACGGCCGAGGUGCUGCCCAACGCAGCCGCGGCAGCUGCCACUGCCUCCAGUCUUCUAGGGCAGGCCGGUCUGACAGGGAUGGGCGCCUUCCCUGCUGCUAUGUCCAGCUUCUCCGGCAAUGAUCUGCUGGCCAUCACCUCGGCUCUCAACACACUGGCCAGUUAUGGCUACAACACCAACACCCUCGGCCUGGGCCUCAACCCUGCAGCUGCUUCUGGGGUUCUCGCUGCAGUAGCAGCUAGUGCCAACCCAGCUGCUGCUGCUGCUGCUAACCUGCUAGCCUCCUAUGCUAGUGAUGCCUCCAGCAGUGCGGGCCACCCUGCUACAGGCCUCGGCGGCUUCUCCUUGGGUUCUCUAGCAGCUGCUACAGGAGCUUCCAAUGGUUAUCUAAAUGCUUCAUCCCCACUGAUGGCCUCCUCCCUCUUGGCAACAGAAAAGCUGGCGGAUGGCGCGAAGGACGUGGUUGAGAUAGCUGUUCCCGAGAAUCUGGUGGGUGCCAUUUUGGGGAAAGGAGGGAAGACGCUGGUAGAGUACCAGGAGCUAACAGGAGCCCGCAUCCAGAUCUCCAAAAAGGGAGAGUUCAUUCCUGGUACUCGGAACCGUAAAGUUACCAUAACAGGGUCGCCAGCCGCUACGCAAGCAGCGCAGUAUCUGAUCAGCCAGCGGAUCACCUACGAGCAGGGCGUGCGUGCCACCAACCCACAAAAGGUGGGCUAAAGGGAAAAUGAAGAAGAAAAAAGGAAAGGAUGAAGAAGACAGCGAUAGAAGGGAAACGAGAGGGUCACGACGAAGAGAAAAACGAAAUGUCCAAAUAUCUGUUCAAUAUUUCAGUAUCAAACGAGAGAAUCACAAAGGAGGAGGUGGGGGAGACAACCAAGAUAAGUGUGUGUGAUAUGUGAAUGUGUUUUUAGGACUGACGUCCUGAUGUUUUAUAAAAAGUUUGUGUCGAGUCCUUUUGAUGAUGGUGAUCACAGUAAGCUGAACUGGUCCACUGCCAAGCUGCAGAUUCAACAGUGUGGCCGCAGGGUUUCACUCUCCUCCAAAACCUCAUAGCUGUUUUACUUUCUUUCUUUCUUUCUUUCUUUCUUUCUUUCUUUCUUUCUUUCUUUCUUUCUUUCUUUCUUUCUUUCUUUCUUUCUUUCUUUCUUUCUUUCUUUCUUUCUUUCUUUCUUUCUUUCUUUCUUUCUUUCUUUUUUUCCUUUUGUUGUUGGGUUGAUUUUUAUCUCAGUUGCAAACCUCAGCUCCCAGUGACAAGAGCUGUUUUACAAACCUUGCUCAUCGUGGAGCAGAGGUCAUGUGACACUGAGGUCAUCUCAGUCAGAAAUUGAGCAACCUGAGUAUCAUUUCUUUAAAGAAAUCACACUGUAUCUAUUUUGCCAUGUUUUGGAUUCUGGCUCACACCAUAGUUAAACUCUCUAAAUUUGGGUAUUUUAUUCUUUCAUCCUUUAUUUAUUGAUAUGGUCUCAUUCAAACACAAAUAGAUUAUUUAAACCUGUGAACACAGGUUGAUAUGAAUGUAAAAACAAUAUUAGCCUAUUGCUAUUUUUUAUUUACAGGGAUCAAAACUAUUGUGUUGCAGUGAAAGAAAUGUAACUCAAACCCAGUCUGAACUUCACUUUUGCUGUCUGCAAGGAUAGUUCAGGGGUUGAAUAAUCAAUGUGAGAGGAUAGAGGAGACACACAGGAAUGUAUAAUAUAUUUUACAUGAACACACAUGGAUGACGCUCCCACAAAUGCACAAACACUGAAACAUUUUGCAUAUUCAAAUAGACAGAAAAAUGUUUCGUUAAAGCCGUUCUUGGUGCUAUAGGAUUAGGUUUCUCUUCUUUUAAAAUCGGAAUCUCUCGGGCGACUAAUUGCUUUACAUGAUUUAAAACGUAUGGAUUUGUCAUCCAGACAUUCGUAGCCCAUUGGAUCUGACUCAGCCUUUCACCCAGUGAGGAUCCAAAAACAAUCGAUGUUAACGUUUUAUUAUGAGACGUAAACCCAGUCUUAACAUAUGAAAAUCAUCUAUACCCUUAAUGCAGGUCUUUUUAUUUUUAAUUGGCCAUACUUUGAAUUUUACCGAACAUUCUAUUAUUGCCUUAUUCACACUUGUAACUUCCUAUAAUUACGUUUGAAGCUCAGACUACCUUGAAGCAGUGUCUAACCAGUUCAGUUCACAAAGGGAACAAAGCACUACAAAAGCAUUUUGAUAAGAAAAGCUGUAUGAACCAAUAUCUGUGACCGUACAAACUUAUUGCCUUUACAUUAAGGGUACCAAAUAUCCAAGAGACGUACACUAAUGAAAGGGAAGUAAACUGACACUUGAAACAAAGGUGUGGACUCACCUUUUUUUCUGUGAGCCGUCCUUCCCAAUUUGCAUCGCGACCAUAAAUAAAAAAAUAAAUCCAGGCAGCCUGUUAUCGUUUCCAACACACGUUAAUGCUCACUAACUGAAUGAAGCGCGUAAUAAAACGUAACUAAUGUUUCGGCAUCGUUGUCUUUUAUGGGCAAUUGUUUGUCUAAUGCAGGGAGGCCGAUUGUCUAAAAGCACUCUGAGAUUACCUUGGCUUCCUUCUGUGCUGCUAUCCAUAGUGUUCAUCCUGAGUACACUGAGUCUCUGAAGACUGCACUGUGAGACAUUAAGAACAAAAUGUAAAGUGUGUUUGUCCCAGCAUUGGGAUGUGAGUAUAUUUUAAAUGUGCACAUUUAUGUCACAUACACGAGACCGACCAAUCAUAACAGAAGGGUUUUUUUCCACAAGAGCAUUUAUACUCCAGCGUCUUGUGACGUUUCUGUUUACCAGUAUCACUGCACUGCACUUCAAUUAGCGGACGUUUUCUGAUCAGCGAGACACAAGUUACUCUCACAAGGCUUUCUUGCACUGCAUUCUCCCGUCUCGAAAGGCAUCUUUCGAUUGUCCCCGUCACGCCUAGUUUUGUGAAUACAGGCCUGUGAGCGGUGGUGCUGAGGAGGUUCCAAGAAAAUCAGAAUCAUUCUCAAUUUGAAAUUUGAUUUCUUUUUCUUCUUUAUUUUGAAAAAAUGAAUGAAAAGUUUUAUUUUUCAUUUUCAUACUUCACGUUUGAAAGUUGAAACAGCUUUUCACUUUGUCUGGAAGGCUUUGCAGUCAUCCACAUAAGUACAAUCUGGCCACUAUUGAAACCAUAGCAUGAGAUGACCUAUUACUGCCCAGUGUUUUAGCAUAUAAUAAGAUACAAGCACAAAACAAGGGGGUGUUCUAUCAAUGCAACUGGACUGCUUGACUGCAGGGAGCUCUCCUCCAAAGCUCUCUGAUCAAUACUUUGUGCCAAAUACUAUUUCUCUCUGCCCCUCAUUAACUUUUCCUCUUUCUCUCAACAUUUUAUUCCCCUGCAUCUCGCUCUUCUGAAACUUAUUCCCGUGUCCUGAUCCCCUGUCUGUACUUCUUCCUACACUGUGCUCUCUCUCUCCCCCUCUUUCUCCUUCCUCCUGUCUUGUCUUCUCAUGGGCGGUGUGUCGGGUGUGCUGCUGGUGGGAGUUAUGCACUAUAGGUCAAAAGGGUGUGAAAACGUUUUUUCCUAGGAUGUAGAGUUCACAAACUGCACAGAAAACACCUGCCUCCAAACUGUGACACCCACAACCAGCAACGUUAGCUCUAACAUCCAACUCCCUCUAUAUGAAGAACAAGUAGGAUGUAGAAAGGUUUACAUCGGGAAUGGUUGCCUUUAAAGGAAGAGGAAGUGAUGUUGUUUUUUUCCAAAACAAGGCAAAUCUUUGCUGAGUAAAUAUUCAUAUGUCGGCUGGACUAACUGAGCUCGAAAUUCAGCCACUAAACAAAGCAUAGUAAGGACAGAACGCAUAAGAUAGCGAGAGGAAGGUGGGAACUUGUUUGUGACCUCAAGCUGAAACAAUGACAUCCUUUAUGCAUAUCCUCUUAUCUGAAAAUGACUAGAAUUCAUUUCUGUGGAAUACAAUAUGUCAUGUCAUAUGAUCUAUAUGUACUUUAUUGUAGCUAUUCUAGUUUGUAGUCCAAAUGCAGUCCAGCGUUGUCGAUACAAUGUGAACUAUGUUAUAUUUGUGUGGAUGAUGAGAGUGCCAACUAAGCCUGAUUAAGAUUAGCUUCGCGAUUUGUUUGUGCAUUACGAUGACUCAUCAUUGACCGGUGGUGUCCAUAUUUCUGUCAUUGAUGAUUUAGUUUGACAGUAAGAAAAUGUAAAGAAUAUUGGAAGCAAUAUAGUAGCAUGUUGUCCUGUUUUGUGUUUUAUGUCUGUUGUAUGAACCUUUGAAAUUACUAAGAUUUUGAAUGAAUAGGUUUACAUGUACUUUUUGUAAGUUAUGAAAAUGCUGCUAUUUGAUAAGUAAACUAUACAAAAUAUUUUAGUGGAAAAGAUGUCUGGUCUGUUGAUUAGAAACAUGCUCCGAAAGACUGGAGCAUAAAACGGGGUGUAUAGAAUACUAUACAGUACUGGUAAGGUAGUAAAAGUAAUAAUAGACUUCAUAGUACAACCUGUGCCAAACUAGACCUCUGCAGCUUCUGAAAUUGUAGAUGUGCGAUCAAAUGUUAGAUAUCAAUAACUUGUUUAGAAGUGCUGAUCAAGUGCCAAUCAAACACUGUCUUUUAAGUUAAGAAAAGAUAAUCAAAUACAUUACUUAAGAAAACAAAGGACAAAGACCUUUUUGUGCAUUGUUUUAUCCCAUAGGUACAUAGAGUAAGAGUUAAAGAUUGUGACUUUUAUGGAUCCAUGUUGUUUUACACUCCAUGCAUCCCUUGUGUGUUUGUUUGACCUGUGGCUUCAGUACUGCUGUGUUUUCUCACAAAUGUCUCUAUAGGCCAGCAUGGACUAAGCAUAACAUGUUAUAAGCAUUCAUAACAUAGCCAUUAACAAUCAAAAAUGUGUUUGUGGAGUUAGGUGUUAUCUUUUUGCACGUCUUCUAUUUGCAUGGUAUCAAAAAGUUAAUUAUGGAGGAUAAAAAAAAGUGUUACAAAUAUCUGCGAGGCAUCUCGCAAACAUUCAAAGACAUGAACACUGCAUGCAGUCAAAUGUAAAGCACUUGAGUUUAUUCGCCUCAUGUUAUGAAAAAAAAGUUGUUUUAUUGUUUUUUAUGUUGUGAGUUGGGAGGAAGCUCAUUAUUGUCAUGUUGGCCCAAAAAAGACACACACACACACACACACACACACACACACACACACACACACACACACACACACACACACACACACACACACACACACACACACACACACACACACAAAUAAAAUUCUCAUCACUCAUCUCUACAUGAUCAGAGAAGACAUUUCGAUUCUUAGGUGCAAUGACAAGUACUAAAAUGUGAAAACAAGCAAACGUGAAAAUGUUAUUCAGUGCAUUGGCUCCUUGUGUUUUACUUUUGUUUAACUAUAUCAGUCAUGCAUUUGUUUUACAAGCAAGAUGAACCUCAUGUAACCUGUCCCAUAGUUUACUUUAAAAUCCCAGAUCUAAUCUAUGAAUGUACCCAUUUGCUUUGUUUUAUUUUGAAAUUUUCUUUUGUAACACUUCCGGUGAAUGUUAUUGGUCUUUAGUGUAAAUUCAGGGCAGGAAUGUCAAAUACAUGUAGAGUUAAUAUCUAUAUCAAUAACAGAUUUCAGCUAUAGUCAGGUAGGCCUUGCACGGCCGUGCUCAUCAACCCGAUUAUGUUUUUAACACAACUUCCGAUUCGCUGUCAACAUUAUCUUGUUUGUUUGGUGUUGCAUAAAUGCACUUUACUGAUCAGUGGGUCAUACUUGGUGUGAAAUGAAAUGAAGAAAACUGUGUUGGCUUUCAACGCUUGAUUUGAAUUCAGUUUUUCUUGCCACUGUUUGCUGUUGCUCUUUUGUUGACUUUUUAUUUAUUUAUUCCCUGAUCCUGUUGGUUCUCAUGAAUGAUGGAAAAGGACUGGAGUCUCAGACAAAACAGUAGCACCUGUUGUCCCUUCACAUUCCCUUCAGAGAAGAUUUGCCUAUGUAACCAACUAACCAGGAGCGAUCUGUGUUUGCUUUAAGUGACAUAUUAGACAAUGCUGUUUGUUUCUCUAGGUAUUGACAAGGACUAGGGUGAAGGCACUGAGGGAUGUGAGCUCAAGGUCUGGCUGAUGGAUCAGUCAGAUCUGAGAGACAUAAUUGGCACCAGCAAAAAGAAGAUGGCCUCUCUCCCCCUCUAGAAAGGAAGGAAAUCGCAGGGGGAACAUAUUAGACUGUGACAAGGUUUGAGUCUCACGCUUUUCCGUUACAAGCCCUCGGUUUGCAUCCAAACGAACUACAGUAUCAUUCCAAAAGUGCUCAUGUUUGUUUUGAGCUGUCUGAACAUUCGCCCACCCUUUCCACAAGAAGGUGGGGACUGAAGGCCGAUCACUCCUCUCUUAAAACCUGUUCUACCUGAGUCUCGCUCUUUUGGCCCAUUCACCAUAUCACGGUUUGUGUUUCACCUGCUACCGUGUCCGCCCUUUAAGCAGAUUAAGGUGUUCCCGAAACCCUUUUGUCUGAGAAGAUAUGGGAUUCUUGCCAACCCAGACAUGAGGCCUUUUUUUCUUUUCUAUAUCUUUUUGUCUUUGACCCUCUGAACCCUCCUUGGACACAGUUACCCGUCUCCAUCCCACCAGAACUCAUCUACCUGUAUUUGUUGGAUUUUCACCACUUCUGCUGUCAAACUCUGUGAGACUGUUUCGUGGUUACCUGGACAAUUCUGCAGGGUUGAACGCUUGCUUCAGUGUGAACUAAAGAAAGCAUGCCAGUACCUUGCAAACAUUUUCAUGUCAUUGUAUAUUUUCUUUUUCGAGGUUUACUUGAUUUAACCUCUUCUUCUCUUCUUCUAAAAAAUGGACUGACAGCAUAAGAUCAUCUAUUCCACUUGAAGCAAAGUGAUGUUAUGUUGAUUGGGUGCAUCUCCUAUGCGAAUCCCGACAGUGGUUCUGUCUUUCAUUUGUGACAAGGAGAAUCUGUGAAAGUCCACAGUGUUAACUACCUAAAGGGCUUUCUAGGACAGCAUUUAUAUGUCUUUCGAACUAACAACCAAGUCCUCUGAAUGCGUUUCAAAAUUCUUUGUGUGCCAUUUUAGGAAAAACUAUGAAAGCUUUUUAUGGCAAAUAUUUGUCAGCAAGAGUGCCAAAUAAUUCCAUACUGAGCCAAAAGGCAAGCCAGCCUACAUGACUAAAUGUUAGAUCAUGGGAAUGGUUACAUCCCAUUUCCUCUCCCCUUGAAAAACAUCUCCCUUAAUUGUACAAUGUUUGAGCUCGUUUUCCAUUCUCGUUAUGCUGCCAGUCUGUUUUCUGCUUUUGUCAGAGGAACAUCUCAGAAGCAGUAUAUUUUCUAAAUGAUACACUGUUGAUUAAAAAAAAGACAACAGCUACUAUGGUGAAGGAUUGGGAGGAUUUUCACAGUGUCAUUGUUUUUCUUAUUGGUUAAUUUGAACAUUAUUCAUUAAUAGAUUUAACAGUAAUGACUAUUUAAUGUAACUGUAGUACUGUGUUUGUAAAAGAAAUUCAGUGAGUUGUGUUUUAUGACUCGUGGACUACCAGUGAAGUCAGCAUUUCAGUGUUAAUAAUUGAAUUGUUUUUUAAAGAUUAUUUUUGCGACGGCAACAAAGAGUCAUUAUAAAUGUUCAUUUUAACAUCA